AUGACCUAUUCUACAGUUAGCAUCAACACACCUCCACCCUACCUUACUUUAGCCAGCAAUGAAAAAUUGCCAACAGUUUUAUCGAUUGCUGGAACAGACCCAAGUGGUGGUGCUGGUAUCGAAGCUGAUGUGAAAACUAUCACUGCGCACAGAUGUUACGCCAUGACAUGUAUCACCGCAUUGAAUGCUCAAACUCCAGUUAAGGUAUACAGCAUUAAUAACACUCCAAAAGAAGUGGUUUCUCAAACUUUGGAAGCUAACCUACAGGAUAUGAGAUGUGACGUCAUCAAGACAGGUAUGCUUACGGCUGCUGCUAUUGAGGUCUUGCACGAAAAGCUGUUACAGCUAGGUGAAAAUAGACCAAAAUUAGUGGUUGACCCAGUUCUUGUCGCUACUUCUGGUUCUUCUUUGGCCGGAAAAGAUAUAGUUAGUUUAAUUACUGAGAAAAUCGCUCCUUUUGCUGAUAUUUUGACUCCCAACAUUCCAGAGUGUUUCAAGUUGUUGGGUGAGGAAAGGAAAGUUAGAAAAUUACAAGAUAUUUUUGAAGUCGCUAAAGACCUUGCUAAAAUCACCAAGUGUUCCAAUAUCUUAGUGAAAGGUGGCCAUAUUCCAUGGAAUGACGAAAAUGAAAAGUAUAUUACUGACGUUCUUUACUUGGAUAAUGAACAGAAGUUCAUCGUUUUCAAAGGCAAUUUUGUUAACACUACGCAUACCCAUGGUACUGGGUGCACUCUAGCUUCUUCCAUUGCAUCUAACUUGGCUCGUGGCUAUUCUCUCCCCCAGUCUGUUUAUGGUGGUAUUGAAUACGUCCAAAAUGCCGUGGCCAUUGGCUGUGAUGUUACCAAAGAAACUGUCAAGAACAAUGGGCCAAUUAAUCAUGUCUAUGCUGUAGAAAUCCCAUUAGAAAAAAUGCUCAACGAUGAAUGUUUCACUGCAACGGAUGUCGUACCUAAAAAACCACUCAAAAGUGCUGCUGACAACGUUCCAGGUGGCAAUUUCUACGAAUAUCUGAUUAACCAUCCUAAAGUCAAGCCACACUGGGACUCCUACGUGAACCACGAAUUCGUUAAAAAGGUUGCUGAUGGUACAUUAGAUCGUAAGAAGUUCCAGUUCUUUAUUGAACAAGAUUAUGCAUACUUGGUGGAUUAUGCUAGAGUUCACUGCAUUGCAGGUAGUAAAGCUCCAUGCUUAGGAGAUAUGGAAAAGGAGUUGGUCAUUGUCGGAGCUGUUCGUAAUGAAAUGGGCCAACAUGAAAAGAGACUAAAAGAAGAAUUUGGAGUUGAUAAUCCUGAUUACUUCCAAAAGAUCCAGAGAGGUCCCGCAUUAAAAGCUUACUCUCGUUACUUUAACGACGUUUCCAGGAGAGGUAACUGGCAAGAAUUGGUCGCGGCCCUUACGCCUUGUUUAAUGGGUUAUGGUGAAGCUUUGACUAGGAUGAAGGGUAAAGUCACUGUAGCCACGGGCUCCGUUUACCAUGAAUGGUGUGAAACCUAUGCCUCUUCGUGGUAUCGUGAAGCCAUGGUAGAAGGUGAAAAGCUUUUGAAUCAUAUUUUAGAGACAUAUCCUUUAGAACAACUUGACACUUUAGUGACAAUCUACGCUGAAGUUUGUGAAUUGGAAACGAAUUUCUGGACCGCUGCCCUUGAAUACCAAUAG